UCCAUAUGUCUGUUUAUUUUUAUCCAAUUUAGAAUUCAGUGUCUUUCUUCUUGGACCUUUUGGGAUUACCCUUUUAAAGAGAGAUAGAGAGAUUAUAGGUAACUGUCAGAGGGGAAAAGUUGGAGAGCCGGAGAUCUAGAGAGUUACUUUUCUGGUAGUUGAUCUAUCUGGGUUCUUCAGCUUUCACCUAAAAAGAUUUCUCUUUGUUGAUUUUGUUCUUCUUUCAUUCUGUUAAAAAAAUGUGGUGGAUGAUGAAUGAAGGAGGAGGACAGUAUUGUUCUAAGAAAUCUGAUGAUAUCUUUGGAGAUGUGUGUGGCCAGGAAUCAAGCCUGCUUAACAUGUCGAGAAUCCGUUGUAUUCUUCGUGGCAUUGAUUUCAAAAUUUAUAUUCUUAUGUUUGUUCUGAUUCCGACGUGCAUAUUUGGUAUAUAUGUUCAUGGCCAGAAGAUUUCAUACUUUCUCCGGCCUUUAUGGGAAUCACCACCCAAACCUUUCCAUGAUAUACCACAUUACUAUCAUGAGAACGUGUCGAUGGAGACACUCUGCAAACUCCACGGUUGGGGGGUUCGUGAAUUUCCGAGACGGGUUUAUGAUGCAGUGUUGUUUAGUAAUGAGGUGGAUAUUCUUACUCUACGGUGGCAAGAGUUGUACCCCUACAUUACACAGUUUGUUCUUCUGGAGUCUAAUUCGACAUUUACGGGGAUUCCAAAGCCUAUGGUUUUUGCUAGCAACAAAGACAAAUUCAAGUUUGUUGAGCCUCGGCUGACUUAUGGGACAAUUGGAGGAAGGUUUAAGAAAGGGGAAAAUCCGUUUGUCGAGGAGGCUUUGCAGCGAGUAGCAUUAGACCAGCUUCUCAAAAUUGCUGGGAUUUCGGAUGACGAUUUGUUGAUAAUGUCGGAUGUUGACGAGAUACCAAGCAGACAUACUAUCAACCUUCUCAGGUGGUGUGAUGACAUACCUCAAGUGCUUCAUCUUCGGCUUAAGAAUUAUCUUUAUUCCUUUGAGUUUCUUGUCGAUAACAAUAGCUGGAGGGCAUCGGUCCAUAGAUAUCAAAAGGGGAAAACAAGGUAUGCACAUUAUCGCCAGAGUGAUGAGAUUCUGGCAGAUGCAGGGUGGCAUUGCAGUUUCUGCUUCCGCCGCAUCAGCGAGUUCAUAUUUAAGAUGAAAGCUUACAGCCAUAACGAUAGAGUGAGGUUCUCACACUAUUUGAACCCAAAAAGGAUCCAGAGAGUAAUCUGCAAAGGAGCUGAUCUAUUCGACAUGCUUCCGGAGGAGUACACGUUCAAGGAAAUAAUCGGGAAAAUGGGACCUAUCCCGCAUUCCUACUCUGCCGUUCAUCUCCCAUCAUUUCUUCUCGAGAGUGCAGAUAAGUAUAAAUUCCUUCUGCCUGGAAAUUGUAUAAGAGAAAGCGGGUGAUUGUUCAAACAACUUCCAAUGCAUGUUCUUGUAAAGGCUAGUCGGGAGGUAUUACCGGUGACUCCUGACAAUGGGUUCGAUUGAACUAUCAACGACUUUUAAUCCAGCUAAAAUGUUUCCUUGCGAGAAUGAUGGAAGAGUUGGAUAAAAUUAUCGGUUUGUAUAUACCCUUGGUUUACUUGGUGGAGGAUAUUUCAUUCACUCAGCCCUUUGAGGUUCAUGUGAUAUCCCUAUGUUGGGAAGUUUUGUUUUGAGACUAUUAUUAUUACUUCAUUUGUUUAUCGGCAAUGCUUAUUUAAUUGGAUUUUGGC